AUGGCUUCCGCAAAGCCUCUGACUUCACUCGUGGCUCGCAGCCGGCCGACAGCGUCUCUGUGCCGCUCUGUUCGCACAUUCACACCUACCUCCUCUCCCUGGGCAUCCUUCUCAACAUCCAGCAUCCGCGCCGCCACCCCCUCGGGACCACCACCGGCAGGAUUCCGACUGCCCAAGCCAGAGAGAUGGUACGAGAGCCAGGAGUCAACUCUGGAUAAGGCGGGGAAGUUCUUCUUGUUGACCGAGAUGGCGAGGGGAAUGUACGUGGUAUUGGAGAAUUAUUUCAGGCCGCCGUACACUAUCUAUUACCCGUUUGAAAAGGGACCGAUAUCUCCACGUUUUCGAGGCGAGCACGCACUGCGCAGAUACCCGUCCGGCGAGGAACGAUGCAUUGCCUGCAAGCUGUGUGAAGCUAUUUGUCCCGCCCAAGCCAUCACAAUCGAAGCAGAGGAGCGCCAGGACGGAAGCCGGAGAACAACACGCUACGAUAUCGACAUGACGAAGUGCAUCUACUGCGGUUUCUGCCAGGAGAGCUGUCCCGUCGACGCUAUUGUCGAGUCGCCGAAUGCCGAGUACGUCACCGAGACGAGGGAGGAGCUGUUAUACAACAAGGAGAAAUUAUUGGCGAACGGAGAUAAAUGGGAGCCAGAGUUGGCGGCAGCGGCGAGAGCAGAUGCGCCUUACAGAUAA